GCAGUGCAGUAGCAGGGAUUCUAAAACUCUGAGGAAUGGGGAGAGUUGAAGUCUGUCCUAUGGACCAGGGAACCUAGCUGGCCUGGCUUGAGAUGGGAAAGUGUUAUAGCAAGAAGUCUGUGGUCCCAGAGACUGAAACCCCAAAGAGAAGCAGCACCAUAUCUGGAAGUUCAGAGUCAGAUACACAACAAAGAAAGAAAACAUCGAAAGAGUCCCUGGAUACUGGACAAAUGGCAUUUACUUUGGCACAACUCAAGUCCUUGGAGAUUUGCCUAAAGGAAGCAGAAGAAAAGGCUAAAGCCUUAUCCGAACAGCUUGCAGUUUCUGAAGGAACAAAAUCAAAAUUGCUUGAGCAAGUUUCCUGGCUGGAGGAAAAACUAGACGCUAUGCACCCUAAGGAAGACAGCAAAGAACCAUAUGAAGAAAUGGUUCUUGCAAAAGACCAGUGCAUUGAAAAAUUACAGGCUGAAGUGAAAGCUUCCCAGGAGCAACUUACAGCUCAUAAACUAAAGCACAAAAGGAAACUGAAAAAGCUACAAACUGAUUUGGCAACAGCUAAGCAAGAGGCUGCCAUCACUGUCCUGGAACUCAAUGAGAAGAUAAAGACUCUCAGUGAAGGAAAGCCAGCCCCUAGAGAAGACAAUUCACUGGAAGAGUCUUGUGGAGGACUCCCGGCUGUGGAAGGUGAUCGAAAAAUUAGCCUGAUUAUGGAGUUGUCCACCCAGGUUUCCCUUCAGACUGAGAAGAUCACUCAGUUGGAAGAAGUUCUAGAGGAAAAGGAAAGGAAAAUUCAGCAGCUGGAAGCCGAGCGGGUAGCCCAUCCUGUCCAUGAGGUCGAGGUUUCUCCAGAAUGUUUACAAGAAUCCCUAAUUUUCUUUAAUGAUAGUGGCGGUCCUAUGUUCUCUGAUGAGGGUAUGUAAAAAUUCCCAGUCAGAAAACCUGGAGAUUUAUUAAAUGUCAUCAAGGUAAAUUCCAGAAUCCAAAUAGUCUCCUCAUUGGUUUAGUCAAUUUCAAGAUUUGAAUGUGUCUUAUAUGUUCAUAUUGAAAGGAAACAAAAUAAAGGGAAGUGUUCAGAAGCAAGCACCGAAUGUUUCCCCUUUACACAUCAGUAGUCACGUAACCCACACAGCUGUAGAAUGUUAUAUUUUUAGACAUUCCUGGUAACAGUAGGAGAGGGAAAAACACAUAAUAGACAGAUAGGUGAAGAA